UUAUGAAUGCGGGAAUUAUUUGUCACCGAUGACGCGUGACACACAUGAUGACGAGCUGACUGAAAACACCGGUUUAAAAAUGAAAUAUUGUGUAUAGAUUGAACAGAACCUUUGUGGAUGCUCAUGAAACAUAAAUAUAGUAGAAUUUCUUGUUCACCAAUCCUGCAGUAUGGGAACGCAUCAAAAAUGACGAAAGCUAAAUUAUGGGAUAUGCAUUCAAGAACCCAUGCGGUAGGAUGAGUCAAGCAGGCAUUUGCAUCUCAUUACCCGUCGCGUGUCAUUCGGGAUGCAUGCAGCCAUGAAGCUGGAUAUGCGUGUCAACCGCGUGCUGCUGCCGUUUAAGGCCGUUUACUUCUUCUUCCUGGCAGGCAUGUCUUGUCUGAUUCCGUUCCUGCCCAUCUACAUGCACCAGCUGGGCCUGACCAUCACCGAAACAGGCCUGAUCCGAAGCCUGGAGCCCGCCAUCAGCUUCAUAGCCAGCCCCGUCUGGGGUAGCCUGGCCGACAAACGCAGCAAGCACAAACUCCUGUUGAUCGUAUCCCUCUUAGGCAGUAGUCUGCUUACGUUUGCCCUCAUAUUCGUUCCUUCCUCCGAUACCCCGGAUGCUCAUGAUGUGUCUGACAAUUAUACCACCAAUCAGGAACUGUGCCCAAGUUGGAAUUGGCUUUUAAACUGCAGUGAGCCUGAGUGGGCGGGGAGCUCACUUUGCAACCGUUCUGAUUCGGGUAACCGCAGGACAGACGUCUGCUCAGAGGUUUGUGACACUGCAGCGAGCAAUAGGGACCUUCCGAUGCGUGUUGGGUCAGACGUUUAUUUGAAUUGUACAUUAUGCACCUCUUCUGAAAUGGGAACAGCAAUACCUCCAAGCAAACCCAACGCAACUGUGCAGAGCACUAGUAUAACCUGGACUUACCAGCCACCGAUGCACAGCAGUUUUCUCAGGGUGUUUUGCCUUCAACUUCAAGAAAAUUCUUCAGACCUAAGCCGGAAAGUGAGCAAGUGUCCCAACAAAACAAGUGAUGGAGAUUCGCGGUGCGCAUCAUUCUCGCAAAACUCGUCCAGCAGCUUCCAGGAGUGCCUGCCGUGGCGACAUUGCGCCUGUUCAAACUUGACUGCCACGGAGCCACGAGAGGUGUCGCCGCCGCCACACGCCAGCAACUUGUACAUUUUCAGUUUGGUGAUCGCUCUAAUCCUGUCCAGCAAGAUAUUCGUGUGCAACGUCUUCCCACUACUGGAUUCCACUUUGAUGCUGACUCUGGGUACCAGACCGCAGGACUACGGCAAGCAGCGCCUGUGGGGCUCCGUUGGCUGGGGCGCCUUUGCAGUCAUCAGCGGCGCCGCCAUCGACGCGUUCAGUCGAGGCUCCCCGCGCACCAACUACGUCCCCGCCUUCUACCUGUUCAUCGUCCUCCAAGCCGGCGCUUUUGUCAGCAGUUUUUUCUUCAACAGCCCGCCGCACGUGCCGAACAAGAAAAUUCUGAGGAACCUUUGCGGUCUGCUCUUACAAGCCAACAUCGUCACAUUCCUUCUAGUGGUUACGGUCGCGGGAAUGUCGUUCGGGAUCACGGGGACCUACCUCUUUCUCUUCUUAGAAGAAAUCCACAGUCCUCACAUCCUAAUGGGUCUGACUCUCACCGUCAACUGCGUCUCAGAAGUGCCCUUCUUGUUCUUCGCCGGCCGCAUCAUCAAGCGAAUCACCUACAUUGGUGUAGCAUACUUGACAUUGCUCUGCUACGCCAUGCGAUUUCUUGGAUACUCUCUCCUGGGUAAUGCGUGGUUAGUUCUUCCGUUUGAACUACUACAUGGGUUUACCUACGGGGCUUUCUGGGCUGCUUGUACAUCGUUUGCCAGCGCCAAUGCUCCUACUGGAAUGACCACCACCCUACAGGCAGUCAUCUCUGCCUUCCAUAUGGGAGUAGGCAGAGGUCUGGGUACAGCCCUGGGAGGUGUGGUCUAUCAGGAAUGGGGGAGUCGGACCCUGUUCAGGGUGUGCCUUUUCACGUGCCUGGGCACCGUGGUCGUCUACUUCCUACUGCGGCGGUUUCUGGUGGAGGGAGUGGAGGGCCCGCUGGCCAUGUAUCGCAAGUUCUCCUUGAUUAGAGGGGAGCCGUCCAGUACAGAUGGUGCACGAAAGGACAGCUGUCUGUCUGAACUGGACAGCGACACGUGCAAGGCCAUGGAUGCCCAGCAGAUGCAGCUCACCGUGACAACCAUCGACCAAUCUAAACCAGACAGUCCACCUGUCACCACGACGUACCACACCCACCGCCCGCUGUUGCACAAGAUACCCAUCCCCAACACACCGGAUUCUCCAGAGGAUGACAACAAUGCCAACGCCGACUCCCCCUCCAGUAUCUCCAGCAUGUCCAGGCUUCUGCGCAUGGAGGAACGCCUGCCAGCGGCCGGUCAGGAGGUCUUGGAGAUGAGAGGGGAAGGGAGGCCCCCAGCGCUGGGCGAGGAGUCCUGGCCUCAACAGGAAUUCAGGGGAAAAGGAGGGAAGCAAACAACGGUGUAGUAAGUCAGGGAGAAACUAAAGAUUGUCAGUAUGCAUGGAGGAGUGGCCGCCAGUCAUGGGCCAGGGGGUGCUGGACAGAGAUGAGUAGGGAAGGGGGUCUGUGGCACCGGGGAGGAGUUCCAACCUUAGGGGGAAGAGUCCCAACCUCAGUGGGAAGAGUCCUAGCCUCAUCAGGAAGAUGCUGGAAGAGGAAGGAAAGCAAACAACGGUUUAGUAAGUCAGGGGGAAAACUUGAAAUUAUCAGGGAAGGUAGAAGCGGCACCCAGAAGCAAUCCAGGAGGUCCUGGAGAUGAGCAAGGAAAGGAGGCCCCUGCGCUGGGGGAAAGAUUCCCAACCUCAGCAGGAAGAUGCCAGGAGAGGAGGAAAGCAAACAAAGGUGUAAAAAAACUUAAGAAGGCAGGGAAAAAAACUUUAAAUUAUCAGGGAAGGUAGAAGCGGCACCCAGCUGCCACCCAAGAGGUCCUGGACAUGAGCAGGGAAGGGAGGCCCCCGGUGCUGAGGGAAGACUCCCAGCCUCAGCAGGAAGAUGCCAGGAGGGGAGGGGAAGCAAACAGCGGUGUAGAAAUAGAAGGCAGGGGGAACACAGGAAAGAAAUUGAUAUUCAUUUAUGAUCUUAGGAAUAUUUGCAUUUCGGAGAUGUAAAUGUAAUAUUGGGUUUUGUCCUACUUUAAGAAAUCUGCCCCAGUAAGCAGGAGGUCUUGGCUCUCUCCCACAUGAGCAAAUUUGUAUUUUUUCCCCAAUGGGAUUUUAGCCAGCACUGAGUAAAUAGUAUCUUAAAAGAUUACAUCUGUGAAGGGCAGAACCUUACAUGUAUAUCAAAUUUAAUCAAGUGUGACUCUUUGAGUGCAAUAUUUGCAAGCUUGACGGAUAUUUGCAAGCUUGACAGAUAUUUGCAAGCUUGUCAGAUAUUUGCAAGCUUGUCAGAUAUGCCAGUAUAUCUCCCAAACUAAGUGUAUUGGAGGAUCCAAACCCAUAUCAGCAAACACUCUUAGAGAGUGAUUUGGAGAGUGCUCAUUUGCUCAUCAGAGGAUUCUGCUUGGCCUUCCUUAGGGGGUGUGGCUGCUCAUCACGCCUGUAUUAAUUGAUGUCCACACAGUGAAGGUGGGCAUUAUCUUAAAGCAAAUACGUUUUGGAGGGUGAAGUAGAGGGUCGGUCCAUAAAUGUGGGAUCCCAAUUUGUCUCGUGCACCUGUUUCAUCUGAUAUAAGAUUUUAUAAAUUUAGGACACGUUCUUUAACCCUUAUCCCCAAGAGGUUUCUCUGGCCACCCUGCCAAAUGCAACAAAAUGCAACUCGGCUGAAAUGAGAGCCCUGCUAUAUGCAACAAAUUGCAACAGUGGUUUCUGUUGCAAUGUGCAGUGAACCCAGUGCAUACCAGCCUUGGCACCAAGCAGUUACCCUGCUAAAUGCAACAGUGGAACUGCAACAGUGGAUUGUGUUAAAUGGCCUUGGACCUACCGGUAUGAGCAGUUGCCCUGCUAAAUGCAACAAGAUACAACAAAGCACGGGACUUGAGUGUGCUGCUAAAAAAAAUGCAACAGUAUGCA